UGAAGUCCGUCAACCGCACUCUUAAACAAGCGCACUUCCUCAUACACGUGCACUUGCUGCUUCACCGUUACUGUUAGCAGCUCGAUGCACUGCCUGCUGUGGAAGGGAACAUUUUAAGCUAGGUAUUUAUUGACGAGAAGAAAUCAGUUCAAAGUUAUGACAAAGGCAUAACGUCAGCACUGGAUCCAGUGGAUAAACACAGUUCUGUCAUCUGCUCAGCCAAGACAAAUGGACAAGACAUCAGAGCAAGCACAGGUGAAUUCGGAGCAUCAGCUGUCUCCAAACACAAGGAGGAGUUUCAGCUUCUCAUCUCUCCGUAUUAAAAAAAGGCACAACAGCGGCGAUGAGGGUGGAUUCACACGGCGGAGAGGGUUGCUGUCUUUUUCAUCCGUACGAGAGACAUCGAGAAAGGAGUCAGUCCCAGAUGAAGAUGCCUCGCAGCUGUUCGGGACGCAGGACCAGCUGACGAACACGGGUGAGCAGCCCAAAGGUAACUUCAUCCCUGACGUCGCUGGGAAACACAGUGAAGAUGAAGAUGGACGACAAGGGGCCCUCAAGAGGUUUAGUGCCAUGUGGUCCUCCUUCCGCAGAGGCAAGAGAGAUAAAGUCAAAGACGCUGAGCCCACAGAGCCGCUGGACCCGGUGGUGGCAGACACAUCCAGGCAGCAGCGCUGCGUCAGCGGUCAGUACUUCUUUGAGUAUCUGGUGGUGGUCAGCCUCAAGAAGACCAAGGACGGCAGCAGCUACGAACCUCAGAUCACCUACCAGUUUCCCAAGAGAGAUGGGAUGGCGAGGUUUCAGAAGGAGGAGGAGGAGAAGACGCUGAAGGCGAUCACUCUCUUUUGUUUCCCAGAGGGCAUCAACUGGGCUCCUCUGACAGAAUACCACAGUGAGACCUUCUCCUUUGUUCUGACUGAGAUUGAUGGCAGCAGAAGAAAUGGAUACUGCAGGAGGUUACUGCCUGGAGGGAAAGGAGCUCGGCCGCCCGAGGCUUACUGCAUCAUCAGCUCCGCGGCUUGUUUCGGCCUCUUCUCCAAGAUAUUUGACGAGGUGGAGAAGCGGCGGCAGAUCUCCAUGGCCAUGAUCUACCCAUUCAUGCAGAAGCUGAGGGAGGCUUCAUUCCCAGCUCCGGGAAACACAGUGGAGAUUAAGAGCUUCAUUCCUGAGUCGGGCACUGAGAUCAUCAGGCUGACCCGGCCGUUGGACUCCUGGCUGGAACACGUAGACUUCGCCACGCUCUUCGGCUGCCUGACGGACGAGGAGGUGUUACAGGUGUUUGCUGCCGCCGUCCUGGAGAGACGGAUCAUUUUCAUCGCUGAUGAACUGAGCACAUUGUCCCAAAUCAUUCAUGCAGUAGCAGCCCUCCUUUACCCCUUCACCUGGCAGCACACCCUCAUCUCCAUUGUCCCGGAGAUCCUGAUCGAUGUAGUGAUGGCACCCACCCCCUACCUGCUGGGGGUCCAGAAACACCUCCUGGACCAGAUCACCGACCAGAGUGAUCUGCUGGUGGUCGACUUGUCCGACGAUAAAAAGGAGACCUUCAUUGUUUCAAUUGGUGAUGAAAGGUCUAUUCUGCCCCCGAAGCUGAAAACUGAAAUACUCGAGGCUCUGAGUAAAAGACAAAAGACAUCAACGGUGGAGGAGCUGAACCGGGUGGUGUCGGAAGCCUUCCUGCUCUUCUUUGUGAAAACAGUCGGCCAUUACGCUUCGUAUGUGAAACGCGGCCGCGCUGGAGGCGGGGUGUUUGAAAACAGAAGUUUCUACAAGGCCAUUGAGUCCAAGACCACGCGACACUUCGUCAAGCAGUUCAUCCAGACGCAGAUGUUUGACAUGUUUAUCCAGGAGGUGGAGCAGCAGCCCGGACCGCAGCAAGGAAUAUUUCACACAAAGAUCGUUGAAUACCAAGAGAAGAAGAAAAGGGAAAAGGCAAGGAAACACUAGCUCUCGUCGUGGGAGCCGGGGUGUAUAUAAAGGAGUACAUAGGAAAAGAUGUGAACGUUGCACUGUGUGUUUUAUGUCCUGUGUCAGUGUGGUUUUAAAUAAUUAUGUACUAAUGUGUGAAUCACUGUCUGGUUAUGUUGCUGCUACUCUGUGAAACACUGGCAGAAUGAGAGACUUCACUUCCCCGUGUUGGUUCUCAGUCCGUGGCCACAGUCCGUCACUGACGAGCAGGAAAAUCAUUUCAAAUAAAGACUAGUUUUUGAGUCCA